UAUCGUCUGGCAAAACCACACUGGAACUCGGCCAACGCCUACCGCACGACUCGGCCGAGUCAACACAGUCCCAGGUUCCUGGCGCCAUGACUCGGCGAUGCUCCCACUGCUGCAACAAGGGCCACAACUCCAGGACUUGCCCCGUCCGUAGCGCCGGAGAUGGCGGGGGCGCGGCGGCCAACACCUCCCCCUCCUCCUCCUCCUCUAGUACCGCCGCCGCCGCUGCCGCCGCAGCAGCAGCCUCGGCCUCCAGCAGCGGCGGCGGGGUGAAGCUGUUCGGGGUUAGGUUAACGGACGGCUCGAUCAUGAAGAAGAGCGCGAGCGUGGGGUGCUUGUCCGCCGCCCACUACCACUCCUCGUCCUCCGCCGCCGCCUCGCCGAAUCCCGGCUCGUCCCCGAUGGACGGGAGCGACGGCUACCUGUCGGACGAUCCCGCGCACGGCUCCCGCUCGUCCAAUAGGCGCGUGGAGAGGAAGAAAGGUAACCCGUGGACGGAGGAAGAGCACCGGCGGUUUUUAAUUGGUCUUCAGAAAUUGGGUAAAGGAGACUGGCGAGGGAUAGCUCGUGACUUUGUGACUACUAGGUCUCCUACUCAAGUGGCAAGCCAUGCCCAGAAGUAUUAUAUCCGGCAGAGUAAUGCUGGCCGAAGAAAGAGGCGCUCCAGCCUUUUUGACAUAAAUCCAGAUAUGGCUACUGCUGACCAACCCUCAAUUCAAGAAGAAACGUUUCUGCCUCCUUUGGUGAGAGUUAACGAUGAUACUAACUCAACAGCUUCAACCAGUAUUGGACUUGAUUUAGAAAGAACGCCUAUGGAAACCUCUCACCCAGAAAUGUUUGAAGGGUGCAGUGAUGCUGCGAUGGAAUCAACAGGUCAAGUACCUCUUGUCCCCUGUUACUUCCCGUACCUUUUCCCGGUACCUUUUCCCAUGUGGCCACCCAACGUGGUACCUCCUGAAGAUGGAAUGGUUGUGGAGACAUCUCAUCACCGUGUGCUAAAGCCAAUCCCGGUAAUUCCAAAAGAACCAAUUAAUAUCGACCAAAUAGUUGGAAUGUCUCAGCUCAGUCUUGCUGAGAAUGAACCUUCACCACUGUCAUUGAAGUUUCUCGGGGGAACUUCUCGACAAUCAGCAUUUAGUAAGGCUCCUUCAGUCAAUGAAUUGGAUCUUGACAACUGCAAGGAUGGUGGCACUCAAGCAGCUUGAUUUGUGCCUAAGAUCAACAGUGGUUUAGUUCUGGUGAAUGUUUCUGUUAAAUUAUCUGUAUUUUGGUGUCCUUUUCCUUUUGUUUCUGUUUUCUUUAGGUUUUCUGCCCCCCACAGCCCUAGCUAGAUCAUACUUUUCGAAGGAUAUAUUCUUUGCACACUAUGUGGAUGGAAUCCAAAAUAAGGGUGCGUUUGUUUGGGGGAAAACUCCAUGCUAAAGGAAAAUGCUUUUCGGGAAAUUAUUUUUUAGGAAAAUGGUCAGUUUU